AUGUAUCUUACCGCAAACCAGGAAGUUCCCGGCCACAUAGAGCAGGGUCUGCUCGUCCAGCAGCUGCAGAUUGGAUCUCCGCAGACAGUCGUAGCCGAACGAGUGACUGAAAGCAUCAAGGACUCCACACUGGAGACUUUGGCUAUAGACACUGUGGCUACAGACACUGUGGCUACAGACACUGUGGCUACAGACACUGUGGCUACAGACACUGUGGCUACAGACAUUGUGGCUACAGACACUGUGGCUACAGACACUGUGGCUACAGACAUUGUGGCUACAGACACUGUGGCUACAGAGAUUUUGGCUACAGACAUUGUGGCUACAGAGAUUUUGGCUACAGACAUUGUGGCUACAGACACUGUGGCUACAGAGACUUUGGCUACAGACACUGUGGCUACAGACACUGUGGCUACAGACACUGUGGCUACAGACACUGUGGCUACAGACAUUGUGGCUACAGACACUGUGGCUACAGACACUGUGGCUACAGACAUUGUGGCUACAGACACUGUGGCUACAGAGAUUUUGGCUACAGACAUUGUGGCUACAGACACUGUGGCUACAGAGACUUUGGCUACAGACACUGUGGCUACAGACACUGUGGCUACAGACACUGUGGCUACAGACACUGUGGCUACAGACAUUGUGGCUACAGACACUGUGGCUACAGACACUGUGGCUACAGACACUGUGGCUACAGACAUUGUGGCUACAGACACUGUGGCUACAGAGACUUUGGCUACAGACAUUGUGGCUACAGACACUGUGGCUACAGAGACUUUGGCUACAGACGUUGUGGCUACAGAUGCUGUGGCUACAGAGACUUUGGCUACAGAUGCUGUGGCUACAGACACUGUGGCUACAGACACUGUGGCUACAGACACUGUGGCUACAGACACUGUGGCUACAGACACUGUGGCUACAGACACUGUGGCUACAGAGACUUUGGCUACAGACAUUGUGGCUACAGACACUGUGGCUACAGACACUGUGGCUACAGACACUGUGGCUACAGAGACUUUGGCUACAGACACUGUGGCUACAGACACUGUGGCUACAGAGACUUUGGCUACAGAUGCUGUGGCUACAGACACUGUGGCUACAGAGACUUUGGCUACAGACAUUGUGGCUACAGACACUGUGGCUACAGAGACUUUGGCUACAGAUGCUGUGGCUACAGACACUGUGGCUACAGACACUGUGGCUACAGACACUGUGGCUACAGAGACUUUGGCUACAGACACUGUGGCUACAGACACUGUGGCUACAGACACUGUGGCUACAGAGACUGUGGCUACAGACACUGUGGCUACAGACACUGUGGCUACAGACACUGUGGCUACAGACACUGUGGCUACAGACACUGUGGCUACAGACACUGUGGCUACAGACACUGUGGCUACAGAGACUUUGGCUACAGACACUGUGGCUACAGACACUGUGGCUACAGAUGCUGUGGCUACAGAUGCUGUGGCUACAGACACUGUGGCUACAGACACUGUGGCUACAGACACUGUGGCUACAGACACUGUGGCUACAGACACUGUGGCUACAGACACUGUGGCUACAGACACUGUGGCUACAGAGACUUUGGCUACAGACAUUGUGGCUACAGACACUGUGGCUACAGAGACUUUGGCUACAGACACUGUGGCUACAGACACUGUGGCUACAGAGACUUUGGCUACAGAUGCUGUGGCUACAGACACUGUGGCUACAGACAUUGUGGCUACAGACACUGUGGCUACAGAGACUUUGGCUACAGAUGCUGUGGCUACAGACACUGUGGCUACAGACACUGUGGCUACAGAGACUUUGGCUACAGAUGCUGUGGCUACAGACACUGUGGCUACAGAGACUUUGGCUACAGAUGCUGUGGCUAUAGACACUGUGGCUACAGACACUGUGGCUACAGACACUGUGGCUACAGACAUUGUGGCUACAGACACUGUGGCUACAGAGACUUUGGCUACAGACACUGUGGCUACAGACAUUGUGGCUACAGACACUGUGGCUACAGACACUGUGGCUACAGACAUUGUGGCUACAGACACUGUGGCUACAGACAUUGUGGCUACAGACACUGUGGCUACAGAGAUUUUGGCUACAGACAUUGUGGCUACAGACACUGUGGCUACAGACACUGUGGCUACAGACACUGUGGCUACAGACACUGUGGCUACAGACAUUGUGGCUACAGACACUGUGGCUACAGACACUGUGGCUACAGACACUGUGGCUACAGAGACUUUGGCUACAGAUGCUGUGGCUACAGACACUGUGGCUACAGACACUGUGGCUACAGACACUGUGGCUACAGACACUGUGGCUACAGACACUGUGGCUACAGACACUGUGGCUACAGACACUGUGGCUACAGACACUGUGGCUACAGACACUGUGGCUACAGAGACUUUGGCUACAGACAUUGUGGCUACAGACACUGUGGCUACAGAGACUUUGGCUACAGACACUGUGGCUACAGACACUGUGGCUACAGAGACUUUGGCUACAGAUGCUGUGGCUACAGACACUGUGGCUACAGAGACUUUGGCUACAGACAUUGUGGCUACAGACACUGUGGCUACAGAGACUUUGGCUACAGAUGCUGUGGCUACAGACACUGUGGCUACAGAGACUUUGGCUACAGACAUUGUGGCUACAGACACUGUGGCUACAGACAUUGUGGCUACAGACACUGUGGCUACAGACAUUGUGGCUACAGACACUGUGGCUACAGAGACUUUGGCUACAGACACUGUGGCUACAGACACUGUGGCUACAGACACUGUGGCUACAGAGACUUUGGCUACAGACACUGUGGCUACAGAGACUUUGGCUACAGACAUUGUGGCUACAGACACUGUGGCUACAGACACUGUGGCUACAGACACUGUGGCUACAGACACUGUGGCUACAGAGACUUUGGCUACAGAUGCUGUGGCUACAGACACUGUGGCUACAGACACUGUGGCUACAGACACUGUGGCUACAGACACUGUGGCUACAGACACUGUGGCUACAGACACUGUGGCUACAGAGACUUUGGCUACAGACAUUGUGGCUACAGACACUGUGGCUACAGAGACUUUGGCUACAGAUGCUGUGGCUACAGACACUGUGGCUACAGACACUGUGGCUACAGACACUGUGGCUACAGACACUGUGGCUACAGACACUGUGGCUACAGACACUGUGGCUACAGAGACUUUGGCUACAGAUGCUGUGGCUACAGACACUGUGGCUACAGAGACUUUGGCUACAGACAUUGUGGCUACAGACACUGUGGCUACAGAGACUUUGGCUACAGAUGCUGUGGCUACAGACACUGUGGCUACAGACACUGUGGCUACAGACACUGUGGCUACAGAGACUUUGGCUACAGACACUGUGGCUACAGACACUGUGGCUACAGACACUGUGGCUACAGACACUGUGGCUACAGACACUGUGGCUACAGACACUGUGGCUACAGAGACUUUGGCUACAGACAUUGUGGCUACAGACACUGUGGCUACAGAGACUUUGGCUACAGACACUGUGGCUACAGACACUGUGGCUACAGAGACUUUGGCUACAGAUGCUGUGGCUACAGACACUGUGGCUACAGAGACUUUGGCUACAGACAUUGUGGCUACAGACACUGUGGCUACAGAGACUUUGGCUACAGAUGCUGUGGCUACAGACACUGUGGCUACAGACACUGUGGCUACAGACACUGUGGCUACAGAGACUUUGGCUACAGAUGCUGUGGCUACAGACACUGUGGCUACAGAGACUUUGGCUACAGACAUUGUGGCUACAGACACUGUGGCUACAGAGACUUUGGCUACAGAUGCUGUGGCUACAGACACUGUGGCUACAGACACUGUGGCUACAGACACUGUGGCUACAGAGACUUUGGCUACAGAUGCUGUGGCUACAGACACUGUGGCUACAGAGACUUUGGCUACAGAUGCUGUGGCUACAGACACUGUGGCUACAGACACUGUGGCUACAGACACUGUGGCUACAGACACUGUGGCUACAGACACUGUGGCUACAGAGACUUUGGCUACAGACAUUGUGGCUACAGACACUGUGGCUACAGAGACUUUGGCUACAGAUGCUGUGGCUACAGACACUGUGGCUACAGACACUGUGGCUACAGACACUGUGGCUACAGAGACUUUGGCUACAGAUAUUGUGGCUACAGACACUGUGGCUACAGACAUUGUGGCUACAGAUGCUGCGGCUACAGAUGCUGCGGCUACAGACACUGUGGCUACAGAGACUUUGGCUACAGACAUUGUGGCUACAGACACUGUGGCUACAGACACUGUGGCUACAGACACUGUGGCUACAGACAUUGUGGCUACAGAUGCUGUGGCUACAGAUGCUGUGGCUACAGAUGCUGUGGCUACAGGGUAA